GGCGGAAUGGCGCAGCAGCAGCAGCAGCAGAAGCAACAACAGCAAGCUCUAAACCACGCAUUACAGGAUUACGAAAUGCAAAAGCUUUUAUUGAAAAUCCAAAAUAGAAAACGUCUGCAGGUGGCUCCGGCCGAAGAACAACAAACUGCAGAGUCAGUUCAGUCCUCUUUUGAUGGGCAGCAUACAGGCGGACCCGAGCACCUAAGCGCUACACAGAAAAUGCAACAACAAAAAGAACGCCUCAUGAUGGCUCGGCACGAGUCACCAUAUAACACAAGUCUGAAUCAGCCUUCACCAGAUGAGCAGCAUACAGAUGCGCCGGAGCAAAUACCCGCUGCAUUAACGCAAACAUUUAAGCAGCAGCCGCCUCAUGAUGAGCUCGAGCAACAGCAACAAUUUGGUAACCACAUCAUUGCUGCCAAUCCUCAAAUUAUUGCCCAGCUCACUACUGCCCAGCAACGAGCUAUGCGGCAAUAUCAGCAGCAUCGGCAGCAUCAGAUAGCGGUCCCUCUCCAGAGUAGCAAUUUCAAUAACAUGAACAUUUCUGGACAAGGCCAGUCCACGCCUGAACAGCAAGCGCAGAUGAUGCAAAUGAUGCAACGUCAACGUCAAAUUAUAGCGGCGCAGCAACAGCAGCAACAUCCAUAUGAACUGAGCCCUGCACAAGAACAGCAAAUGUUUCAGCCCCAGUUUCAGCAAGUUGGCAUAAACAAUCCGAGCGCAACGACGGUCAAUCGCCAGCAGCAGCAGCAGCAGCAGCAGCAGCAGCAGCAAGCCCAGGCUCAGGCACAAGCUCAAGCGGAGGCUCAAGCUCAGGUUCAGGCUCAGGCUCAGGGCGGUGUACAGGCUCCGGUUGAUCAGUACCGGCCUCCCAUGUAUCAGCCCGGCCAGAUCAAAAAACUGCCUUUUCUCAGCGAUGAUGAGAUGACCAAAUACGAACAAGGAUUGCGUGGUCUCUGGACUAAGAUGAAUGGCUCACCAACCAACAGCCCAGACCAGAUGGCAGCUCGACAAAAGAUUAUUGAGUUCUCCCGAAUGCUGACUUGGAAGAUCCAGCAGAGACGGGCACGUGCCGCCCAGCAGCAGGAUCAGCAACAGCCUUAA